AUGUACGGCAUGAUGAUGGAGACGGACUUGCACUCCCCCGGGGUGCAACACGGCAACCCGUCCAACCCCGGGGCCCACGGCGGGGGCGGCGGGAAAGUUCCCCAGGAGAGAAUCAAGAGACCCAUGAACGCCUUCAUGGUGUGGUCUCGUGGCCAGCGGCGGAAGAUGGCCCAAGAGAACCCCAAGAUGCACAAUUCGGAGAUCAGCAAGCGGUUGGGAGCCGAGUGGAAGGUGAUGACCGAGGCCGAGAAGCGGCCCUUCAUCGACGAGGCCAAGCGGCUGCGGGCCAUGCACAUGAAAGAGCACCCGGACUACAAGUACCGGCCGCGGAGGAAGACCAAGACCUUGCUCAAGAAGGACAAGUACUCCCUGGCCGGGGGGUUCCUCGGAAACGCAGCGGCCGCAGGGGUGGGGGGUGGGCAGCGGCUGGAGAGCCCUGGCGGGGGGCACCUGGGCUCUGGCUCGGGCGUUUACACGGCGCAGGUCAACGGGUGGCCAAACGGCGCCUACUCUGCGGCCGCGGCCGCGCAUGCCAUGAUGCAAGAGGCCCAGCUGCAGGCUUACACGCAGCACCCGCACCAGCACCCGCAGUCCGUGCACAGGUACGACAUGAGCGCCCUAUCUUACAGCCCCGUGUCGAACUCCCAGAGCUACAUGAGCGCCUCCCCGCCAGGGUACGGAGGAAUCACCGGCUACACGCACCACGGCGCCGGCGUGUCCCCGGUGUCGGGCACGCUCGGGGGAACCCUGGGCCCCCUGGUGAAGUCGGAGCCCAACGCCAGCCCCCCGGUGUCCGUGGCGCGCCAGCCAUGCCCUGCGGGGGACCUGCGGGAUAUGAUCAGCAUGUACUUGCCCGCCGGGGAGGCGGCGGGGGACUCGUCGGUGCAGGGGCGCCUGCACUUGCUCCACACGCAGCACUACCAGGGGAGCAGCGCCCACGUCAACGGGACGGUCCCCCUGACGCACAUUUAA